AUGGAUUUUCAACUACCAUAUUGUUUUUUCUUCCUUGUUCUUCUGCUGCUGCCAUUUUCUGGCAAUGGUCAGGCUCACAGCAACAUAUCUUCGGGCUUAUUUCUCACUGCUGCAAGUGAUAACCUUCCUUGGACUUCACCAUCUGGGGAAUUUGCUUUUGGAUUCCAACAAGUUGGUGAUGCUGGCUACCUACUUGCCAUAUGGUUCAACAAAAUACCCGAAAGAACCAUAGUCUGGUCAGCUAAUAGAAAUGAUCCAGUUCAGGGGGGAUCAAGAGUACAACUUACCAGAGAUGGAGAGUUGGUUCUAAAUGAUCAAUCAGGCAGAACAAUAUGGAGUCCAGUUUUUGGUGGAAGUGGAGCCGCCUAUGCAGCCAUGCUUGACACAGGAAACUUCGUGCUAGCAAGCCAAGCUGGUGCCAAUUUGUGGCAGAGUUUUGAUGAACCAACAGACACACUGUUGCCCACACAAAAUCUGAAUUUAGGUGCUCAACUAAUUGCUCCCUACCUGGAAAAGAAUUAUUCAGAUGGAAGAUUCAAGUUCAUUCUACAAGCUGACAGCAAUCUCGGACUGUACACAACACGUUAUCCAACAACUACCUCAAAUGUUGCUUAUUGGUCUCCCCAAAGUUCUACUGGAAGCGGUUAUAGGGUGAUCUUUAACCAGUCUGGCUAUAUGUACCUCGCAGACCAAAAUGGCAAUACGCUUAAUUCGGUAUUCUCUAAUUCAGUAUCAAUGCAAGAUUUCUACUUGAGGGCAACCCUGGACUAUGAUGGAGUUUUUAGGCAAUAUGCUUAUCCAAAGACUGCUUCCAGUAGCACAAGGUGGGCUAUGGCCUGGACGACUUUGCCAAACUUCAUACCCUCAAAUAUCUGCGUGGUAAUUAGGGGACCAGUAGGCAGUGGAGCUUGCGGUUUCAACAGCUAUUGCAUAUUAGGAGAUGACCAAAGACCAAGAUGCAAGUGUCCUCCUGGUUACACUUUCUUUGAUCCAAAUGAUGAGAGGAAGGGAUGCAAGAAAAACUUUAUUUCACAGGAUUGUGACCAUCCAUCGCAAGAAAUAGAUAACUUUAUGAUCUGGGAUAUGCUUAACACAAACUUUCCAUUUACUGAUUAUGAAGAUUUUUUUUCAGUGGACGAGGAUUGGUGCAGACAAGCUUGCUUGAGUGACUGCUAUUGUGCUGUUGCCACUUAUAACAGUGGACACUGUUGGAAGAAGAGAGGCCCUCUCUCGAAUGGGGUAACAGAUCCAAGUAUUGGUGAUAAAGCCCUGAUGAAAGUAAGGAAAGGCAACCGGACUGCAGGUUCAAGUGCAAAGAAGAGUGAUCGAUCAAUUUUGAUCACAACAGGAUCGGUGCUUUUAGGUAGCUCCAUCUUUCUAAUUGUUCUUUCUCUGCUAGGAAUCUACGUGUUCUUUACUCGAUGGAACCAACAAAAACAAAAGAUGGUACCGCAACUCCAUGUCAUGCCAGAAAUGAAUCUGCAGAAUUUUACUUACAAUGAGCUGGAAACAGCUACAGGAGGAUUCAAGGAAGAACUCGGUAGGGGUGCUUUUGGAAUUGUUUACAGAGGGGCACUAGCCAACGAAGACAAACCGCUCAUCGCAGUAAAGAAAUUAGAAAAGAUGGCCGGGGAGGGCGACACAGAAUUCAAUACAGAAGUGAAAGUUAUUGGCAGAACAAAUCACAAGAAUCUGGUUCAACUUGUUGGAUUCUGUAACGAAGGGGAAAAUCGCCUUCUGGUCUACGAGUACAUGAGCAGUGGCUCCUUGUCAAACUACAUAUUUGGAUAUACAAGGCCUAGUUGGCACCGAAGAAUGCAAAUUGCUUUCGGUGUAGCCAGAGGGCUACUUUACCUCCAUGAAGAAUGCAGCUCCCAGAUAAUCCAUUGUGAUAUCAAGCCUCAAAAUAUCCUCCUCGACGAAUCUCUUAACGCCAGGAUUUCAGAUUUCGGACUAGCCAAGCUGUUGAAGACGGACCAAACCAAAACAACGACAGGAAUCAGGGGGACGAAAGGGCAUUUUAUGGUGAGACAAGAUCCACAAAAUGAGGCACUAAUUAUGCUCCACUAUCUACCAAGUGGGAGUGGGUGGGAGUGGGGUAUUUGCCACAAUAAUGGCAAUUUCCUAACAUAUGUAGCUCCUGAAUGGUUCAAGAACCUGCCUGUCACAACCAAAGUAGAUACCUACAGCUUUGGCAUUCUCUUGCUGGAGCUAGUUUGCUGCAGAAAGAACUUUGAGAUUAAUGCAAUGCAAGAACAUCAGAUAGUUCUUGCAGACUGGGCAUGUGAUUGCCUUAAAGAAGGAAAGUUGAACCUUUUAGUAGAAGAAGAUGAAGAGGCAAUGGAAGACAUGAAAAGGGUAGAGAGGUUUGUGAUGGUUGCAAUUUGGUGCAUUCAGGAAGAUCCAUCUUUAAGACCUGGAAUGAAGAAAGUUGUGCAGAUGUUAGAAGGAGGUGUUCAAGUCUCUGUUCCUCCUGAUCCUUCAUCAUUUAUCAGCACAAUCUAA